AUGGUGCGUCGCUCUAAUCGUAGAGACUCUAGCCUUGUUUCAUAUCAAAAGCCAAACAUGCCUCUCUCGUCUGGCUUACUCAGUCAGUUCGCCAGCUGGGCCAGAAUUAUCCUCAUGUCUCCCUCCCAUGGAAAGAGUGGCAAGAAGCGAAAGGCAACCCCGGGAGACACCGAAGAGGAGCGACGAGUAAAGUCAUCAGAGCCACGAGAAACUGAUAUUCGAACACGACCCGAUGCUACUGAAGAAAACGAAGAACCAAAAAGAUUGGAUUCUCGCUCUCAUUUUCCGAAUGUGUGGCAAAGAACUGCUCUUUGCCGUACGACUUAUCAAAAGCUCCGUCAAAAGUCCCUGCCUCUUUGGGCAAUUCUUCAUUUGAGACACCUGCUUGGAGCCCUUCAACAGCAAUUAAUCCAGCCUCCUCAAUUAGUCCAGACCUCGGAUGCCCCAUUACCAUUACUAUCACAAUCUCAAUCACCAUCACACCCGCGCAUGUUUAUGAAUAUCGAGCGACUUGCAUCUGGGUCUUCAUGUUCUAGAAAGCGGUACGGAAGACGGGCAAAUUACGCUCUCACAGCAGUGGCCUACACAAUUGACCAAGACACAGACCUGAUUUGUGUACAUCCACUCUGGGUAGCACCUCGCACCAACCUCAUAAACAAUAAUAUCAAAAACAAUAAAUUCGACGACAGCGACGACAGUGAAGACGACGAUGACGUUCCGUUGGGGUCAUUGAGGUUUGACCCUGUCAAAUAA